CCUGAUGAACACACUGGAAAGGAUUGGCGUGGUGUGUGUGUGUGUGUGUGUGUGUUUCCCUCCCUUCCCCUUCCCUUUUGGCCCCGGAGCGGGUGUCAGAUUGAAUGCUCUCUGCGCAUGUGCGAAGGUGUCCGAACUGACAAUGCUGGGGAGAGGAUGAUCGCGCGGCAGAGCAGCUGCGGGUUCAAGGAAGGAUCCAGCGCGCCGGCAAGAUGCGAUCCAAGGCGCGGGCCAGGAAACUGCCGAAAAGUGACCACGAAAUUGUGAAUAACAUGUAUGAAACUGAGGCAGACCUUCUAGCCGGUGAGAGCGCAGAAGAGGAGACGGAAGAUAGCAUCAUGUCUCCCAUUCCCGUUGGACCACCCUCCCCUUUCCCCACGGGCGAGGACUUCAACCCCAAAGAGGGUUCUCCAUACGAGGCCCCCGUCUACAUUCCUGAUGAUAUUCCAAUCCCGCCUGACUUUGAACUGAGGGAAUCCUCCAUUCCCGGGGCAGGAUUGGGCAUUUGGACCAAAAAGAAACUAGAAGUUGGAGAGAGAUUUGGGCCCUAUGUGACUUUUCCAAGGACAAUGUUGAAGGAAACAAACUUUGGAUGGGAGCAAAUGCUCACGGAUCCCGAGACGGCCCUGCAAGACAGCUGCAUUAAAAAGAUUGGCGAGGAGCUGGAUCUCAGCAAAUUCUGCAUGGAAACAAACCCAGCAUCAAAUGGGAACUGGCUGAAAUACAUCCGGCUUGCUCGCUCGAGUGAAGAACAAAACUUAGUGGUGUGUCCCAUUAAUGACCAGAUUUAUUAUAAAGUUAUUAAAGAGAUAGAGCCCGGAGAAGAGCUGCUGAUGUAUAUGAAAGAAGGAAAUUUCUCUGCUGGAAGCCUGCCGCCCAGUUUGGAAGAAGUCCAUACAUUCCGUUGUGAGGACUGUGACGAGCUCUUCCAGUCGAAGGUAGAGAUGAGGCGGCACAAGAAAUAUUCCUGCCACCCCGUCGGCUCUCUGUACGAGUCCCUGAGCGAGGAGAUCAAGCAGGAGGGGGCCGAGGAUGAGCAAGCUCACGAGUGCAAAGACUGUGAGAGGAUGUUUCCAAACAAGUACAGCUUGGAGCAGCACAUGAUCAUCCACACAGAAGAAAGGGAAUAUAAAUGCGACCAGUGUCCCAAGGCCUUCAACUGGAAAUCAAACUUGAUCCGCCACCAGAUGUCACACGACAGUGGCAAGAGAUUUGAGUGUGAAAACUGCGUGAAGGUCUUCACGGACCCCAGCAACCUCCAGAGGCACAUUCGUUCUCAGCACGUCGGUGCACGGGCGCAUGCUUGUCCAGACUGCGGGAAGACCUUUGCCACUUCUUCUGGCCUCAAACAGCACAAGCACAUCCAUAGUACUGUGAAGCCUUUCAUAUGCGAGGUCUGCCACAAAUCCUACACGCAGUUCUCCAACCUCUGCAGACACAAGCGCAUGCACGCCGACUGCCGGACCCAGAUCAAGUGCAAGGACUGCGGCCAGAUGUUCAGCACCACCUCCUCGCUCAACAAGCACCGGCGCUUCUGCGAGGGCAAGAACCAUUACAACCCCGGGGGCCUUUUCGCACCAGGUCUGCCUCUCACCCCCAGUUCCAUGAUGGACAAGUCUAAGACAUCGCCGAACCUCAACCACACCGGACUCGGUUUCGGUGAUUACUUCCCCGCCCGGCCGCACCCAGGGGGACUUCCGUUCUCACCCGCUCCCCCAGCGUUCCCGGCUCUCGCUCCCGGAUUCCCAGGUAUCUUUCCCCCCUCGCUGUACCACAGGCCGCCCCUCCUGCCCCCCACGCCCCUGCUCAAGAGUCCCAUCAACCACACACCAGAGGCCAAGCUCCCCAGCCCUCUGGGCCACUCCCCGCUCCCCCUGAUGUCCGCCAUCAGCAACAGCGGCCACCCGCUGCCUGGGGAGGAGAGAUUUAACAGCGCCAAUUUGGGGAACUCCUACUUGGAGAAGCUCAAAGCCAGGACUAGCGACCUGUCGGACGCGAGCGACUUCGAGGACGUCAACACAACAACGGGCACCGAUCUGGAGACCACCACCGGGACCGGGUCGGACUUGGAGAGCGACGCCGAGAGCGACCGGGACAAAAUGAAGGAGAAAAACAAGCCAGGAGAGAACAAGCCGGAUUUCGGCAGCGGCUCGGCGCCCACAAGCUCAGCCAACAACAUGAGCGACCUCCCUGUCUUCUACUCCCAACAUACUUUCUUCCCUCCUCCCGAGGAUCAGCUGCUGCCGAUGGUGGGGGCCGCUAACGACUCCAUAAAGGCCAUUGCUUCCAUCGCGGAAAAGUACUUUGGGCCCGGGUUCAUGGGCAUGCAAGAGAAAAAAAUGGGGACCCUCCCAUACCAUUCCAUGUUUCCAUUCCAGUUCCUGCCCAACUUCUCCCACUCAGUCUACCCUUUCACGGACCGGGCCCUCAACCACAGUUUGCUGGUCAAAGCCGAGCCAAAGUCGCCCAGGGACCUGCACAAAAUGGGCGGUGCCUGCCUGGAGUCCCCCUUCGACCUCACCACCAAGCCGAAGGAGGCCAAGCUGGCCCACGCCCAGCCCGCCCGUCCCACUGGUGAGGAGCAGCCACUGGAUCUCAGCAUCAGCAGCCGCAUCCGGGCCAGUCACAAUGGGAGUCGGGACCCCCGGAAGAACCACGUCUAUGGCGAGAGGAAGCUCGUGGCCGGCGAUGGGGUACCCAAGAUGUCUCAAGCUCAGAUGCUUCCGCAGCCCUCCCUACACUACGCUAAGCCCUCCCCUUUCUUCAUGGACCCCAUAUACAGCAGGGUGGAGAAGCGGAAGGUGGCUGACUCAGUUGGAGCACUAAAGGAGAAAUAUCUGAGGCCUUCACCACUGCUUUUCCAUCCUCAGAUGUCAGCCAUAGAAACGAUGACAGAGAAACUGGAAAGUUUUGCAGCCAUGAAGACAGAUGCCGGGGGGGCUUCCUUGCCGCCCCUCCCUCACCAUCCUUUCAACUUCCGGUCGCCCCCCCCAACAUUAUCAGACCCCAUUUUGCGCAAGGGCAAAGAACGUUACACCUGCAGGUGUCACAACGCUGCCCUCUUAAGCAAACCUGGAACCAUUUGCGUUUUUUACCCCCAAGCCCCUGUGGUCCUUUUAAAUCGGACUAUACUUAAUAAUCAAGGUGGCAGGAAAGGAGAUCGACAGUCCUUCGCUUUGCGGCUGGGCCUUCCCCCUCCGAUGGCUGUUGACGCCGCCUCUCCCGUUUCCCCCGCAUCCAGGUGCAAGUAUUGCGACCGGUCGUUCAGCAUUUCAUCCAACCUCCAGCGCCAUGUCCGAAAUAUUCACAACAAGGAGAAACCCUUCAAAUGUCACCUCUGCAAUCGAUGUUUUGGCCAGCAGACGAACCUGGACCGACACUUGAAAAAACAUGAACACGAAAACGUCCCAGUAAGCCAGCAUGCCGGCGUCAUUACAAACCACCUGGGGAACAACGCAUCUUCACCAGCCUCCGAAUCGGACCACCAUGCACUUUUAGAUGAGAAGGAAGACUCCUAUUUCUCUGAAAUCAGAAACUUUAUUGCAAACAGGGAGGUGAACCAGUCGACGGCUUUAGCAGAGAAAAGGCCUGAAAUCCAGAGCGCCGAUGGCGGCGCCCAGGGCCACGGUCUUUCGAAUGACAAAGUAGAAGACGUCGAUGAGGAAGAGGAUGAACUGGAAGAGGAAGACGAUGACAGUCUCACGGGGAAGUCUCAAGACGAGACGGUGUCGCCCCCCGCCGAGCCACAAGGAGGGGAUGAGGAUGAGGAUGAAGAGGAGGCCGCAUCCCUCACCAUGAGCUUUAACCGCACCCAGAGGUGUAUUGAGGAGAACGAAGCCGGCUUGUUAGAUUUGGAACAGAUGUCGCAGUUUGGGAAGGGGCUGGACCUUCGCAAGGCCUCCGAGGAAGCUUUUGACGUUAAAGAUGUGUAUAAUUCCACCUUAGACUCGGAGGCACUAAAACAAACUCUGUUCAGGCAGGCUAAAAAUCAGGCUUAUGCAAUGAUGUUGACCCUUACCGAGAACACGCCCUUCCAUCCUUCCUCCCAGAACCCUCUGGAUGCUUGGUUGAGCAUGGCUGAAGCCACUUCUGAGCCAGGAACCUUCAACUCCGUUGGCCACCUCUGAGAAGUUUGAGGAGGCGCCCUGCCAGGAUCCCAGCGAGGAGGCCGAGGUGCCACCCGUUGGCCUCUCAGCCCUUCCGCCGAGUGGAAGAUUGGCAGAACGACCCUCGGGGCACAGCCACUGGCAGGAGAAACCCACCAUGGACAGCUGAUUUCCUGAUCGGUCAGCCCCGCCUAGCAGCCCCAAGACCUCACCGUUGCGUAGCGCGUAGUGGGAGAAUGUUGGCUUCCGAUGUGGGAAAUCCCAGCUGCAUUUGUGGGGGACAUACCCCGUACUGACCCUCUCCAUGUUACAGACCGUGUUGCUGAGCCAUCAAGGAUGCACUUGUAUACAGACCCCGACCCUUGACCCCCUGAAGCCCGUAGGCCAACCUGUCCAGGACUGCUUCGAAGAUGGUGACCUUCUAGACCAAGAUGUUCUAAUGGAGGUCCCUGCGAUGAGGACAAUGUUGACUUUCUCUGCCGUAUGUUGUUUCUCCUCACUUUCGGUCCAUGUACAUUCAUCAUGCCCCCCACCCCACCCCUUCCUCCACGGUCUUCCUUUGAACAAUGUAUUCUACAUUUCCUGUGUCAAUGGACAGCUUUCCAGUCUUCAAGCCCAUGGUCUUCUUUUACGCCCUGUAACUCUUUUUCCACAUCCGCCUGGUCUUCGACAGGCAAUCUCCCCUCGCUGCUUCCCUUAGGCCCAGCAGCGGUGUUUUCUGAACUGGGAAGCCCAAAAAUGGGAGUAGAAAGCUUAUUUUAGGAGGCCACUGCCCCCUCGCGUUCUCCCCCAGGU